CUAUAGUAAACAAAAAUAAUAAAUGUCCACUGUUUUUUAAUUUAUAACCAUGAAAUGCUUUAUAAAUGCAGCGUUUGUUAUAGUUAAUUUAAUUGCCGCAUUAUUUUUAAGCGGAGUAUGCUGUUUUCUGCAGCAGCAAGCCACUGUGCGUAUUGAAAUGGACGAAGCCGGCAUGCACAGAAAACUAAAGUACACCGUACAGUUUGAGAAAACACUCGCGGGCUCGAAUUGUGAGUAUAUGCUGGCUCAACCUCUGCCUGCAGCAGUUUAUGUCAGCACCGAUGAGCUGGACGGCCUGCAACGCUUAAAAAUGCUGAACGCAGUGUAUCCGAAAUUCGUGGACGUUGAAAUCAUCACCGAAAAGGCUGAACCAUUUUCGGUGCUAUUGCGAGGAACGCCAAAGAUUACGGAUACCCUAACACUGCCCAUUCAUUUUCGCUAUCACGCGGCGAGCCGCAAGUACACCUCGGCCUCAGUGGUAAUAGGCACGCCCCAACUUUAUCUGAGCUGUCCAAUGGGCGAUAAGGAACUCAUUGACACUGAGCUACUAGAUGGACCAGAUAAGUUCUACUGCCUUGACGAGCAGAAAACAGAUUUUGAAGUGCAACCCAGACAGUUGACAGCUGAUAAUUGCAGCUGGCGGCGAGUUAAGGCGGAUUUUCGGACAGAGAGACCGCUGCAGGCCGAGAUACCCGUGGGCGAUGCGAAUGGCUAUACAUUUGUUCUUUAUGCCACAAUUGCCCUGACCUGGACGGCGUCCAUUUGGACAAUACUGAGCACGCGUUCGGUAGCUCGUCGCAUCAAUGAUGAAUUAACGGAACAGCAUUUGCAGCUGCAGCAAGCGGGCAAAGAUGAUUAACAGCGAUUCCAUCAGAUUA